GGUGAAAAAUAAAAUAUUUUCAUUUCGUAAAAACGGUUGUGGUGCUAGCUUUAUAUAAAAAAGAGGAAAAGUGUUUUCAUGCUUUUCGUUAAACUAAAUACUAAAGUGCCUUAUAACGAUUUAUUAAAUAUUAAAAAUAACAUCAAAGGGUCAGGCUAAAUAGGCAUAAUGAUCAAUAAAUACGUUCACAUUUUGAAUCGAAAAAUAUUAUUGCGAAGCGAAGCCGUAAAUUUAUCAAAAAAACGAAUCAAUCUCUUCUGGCAUCAUUUCAGUAACACCACAACUGCUCGGGCAACGUCGGUGGAAAGCAAUCAAAGUUACAUUAAUUAUUUAGGUAAAAAUCCUUUAGCAUAUCGGAACAUUGGCCAAGAAUUGGAACGCGUUGCUGUAGAUUAUGGCAGCAACGAAGCUAUUGUAUCUUGCCACGAAUCUAAACGCUAUACGUUUCGUUCGUUAAUCGAUCAAGUCGAUCGAUUGGCAGCAAGCUUAUUAAAACUUGGUUUAAAGAAAGGUGAUUAUAUUGGCUUAUGGGGCCCAAACAAUUUGCACUGGUACCUGACAAUGUUAGCAGCAUCGCGAGCGGGUCUUAUAUCGGUUGGUAUAAAUCCAGCUUUUCAAGCACCGGAAAUCGAGUAUUGUUUAAAGAAAGUGAAUAUCAAAGUCUUGGUAACUCCUCUGCAAUAUAAAAGUCAAAAUUUUUAUGAAAUCGUGCAUUCCAUUUGCCCCGAAUUAACGGCAAGUGAGAAAGGUCCCAUAAAAAGUAAAAAUUUGCCGAAUUUAGAAAGAUUUGUAAUCGAUGCAGACAGUGUCCCGAGGGGAGCCCUAACUUUCAGUGAACUUCUAGACUUAAGCAAUACGGAGGAAAUAGCGAAAAUUGCCGAACUGCAAAAAUUCAUUAUUCCCGAUUCGCCAUGUAAUGUACAGUUUACAUCUGGCACGACUGGUAAUCCGAAAGCGGCGGUUCUUUCGCAUUUUAACUUUGUUAAUAACGGCAUACAUAUCGGCAAUCGUAAUUGUUUGGAAGGGCAAAGAAUUUGUGUUCAAGUACCGUUAUUUCAUGCUUUCGGUGUUGUUAUCACGGUAAUGGCUGCCAUGAGUAAGGGCGCUACUCUAGUGCUCCCUUCGCCGGGUUUCAAUGCCGAAGAAUCGCUGAAAGCAGUUGUUAAGGAACGUUGCACUGUAAUGCAUGGCACACCCACUAUGUACGUAGACGUAGUACGUAAACAGGAAGACUGUAAUUACGACUUGGAUACCUUGAAGAUGGCAGUAACAGGUGGAGCACCCUGUUCACCGCAGUUAUUCUUAAAUAUUCAAAAGAUUUUGAAAGUUGAUGAAGUACGUAACCUUUAUGGUCUAACGGAGACCACUGCCGCAAUAUUUCAGUCACGACCCGACGAUAAUAAAGAUCAAGUGCUUAACACCGUUGGUCAUAUACAGGAUAAUAUUGAGGCGAAAAUAAUUGAUUCUGAAGGUCACACCGUACCCUUCGGCCAACCGGGUGAACUAUGCAUUAGAGGAUAUUGCACUAUGUUGGGCUAUCACGGUGAUAUUGAAAAAACCCAAGAAACUAUAGGUGCAGAUAAAUGGUUGUAUACCGGCGAUCAGUUCAUUUUAGAAGCUGAUGGUUAUGGACGUAUUGUGGGUCGUCUUAAGGAGAUGAUAAUACGCGGAGGCGAGAAUAUAUUUCCUAAAGAAAUCGAAGAUUUCCUAAAUACUCAUCCGAACAUUUUAGAAACCCACGUAAUUGGGGUACCGGAUGAACGUAUGGGCGAAGAGAUAUGUGCAUUUGUUCGUUUAACUGACACGGCAGGCGAAAUUACACGCACCAAGCUAAAAGAAUUUUGCAAAGGAAGAUUGGCGCAUUUCAAAGUACCGUACUAUGUGAUAGCAGUUAAAGAGUUCCCAAAAACAACUUCGGGGAAAAUACAAAAAUUUAAAUUAUUACAACAGUUCGAGGAAAAAUUCAAUACAAAACAACUUAAUGCUGGUAACAUAUAACAAUUUAAUAUUACGAUUGAUUGAGGUAAAGCGAAAGAAAAAGAGAAGGAAAAGAAUGUUUAUUUUGAUUCUCGAUAUCGAAUAAACUCGACAGGUGUUGAUAAUGGGUUAAAUGUAACGUGUAGAGAUUUUAAAGUCGCUGAUAAAGUAUGCAUUUCUCUUACUCUUAUCAUAUUCAAACUACGCUCGAGUUUACUCGAUAUCGAGAAUCAUAAAUAGGCCCCAAUUUGUAGUCUAUACGUAGUACUGGAUCAAAAAAAUAAGGUUAAUUUAUUUGUAACCGCAAAAAUUUGUAUUCGUUCAAAUCAAUUUCAAACAAUUUCAUUGCCUUCAUAAGGUAGCAGAAGGAAUGCAUAGUGUACAACACCACGAUAGUCAAAGAAAACUGCUAGCAACACCUUGACUUUGGCAAGGUUUUUUUGGGUCUUUACUCAUCUUUUUCACGAUAUUCACUCAGUCUACGCCCAUCUCAUUUCACUUCGCAAAUAGAAUAUAAUGCAACAUUUUUGAUCAACAAAAUCACCCAUUGUGAAAAAACGGGAAAAAUAUUUUUUGUGUCGUACAAAGCCUAAUUGAAACACUAACGCCGUUUGCGAUGUGAAAUUUGACACAGAUGUCUGUCACAGUGCUAUCAAUUUAUAAAGAAAAAACCGAUUUGAAAGAAUAAAUAAA